AUGCUGCCGCCGUCUCUGUCUCUUUCUCCAUUCCCGAUGCCUACAGUUGCAACGGAACAAGCCCGCAGCCUGGACCCUGCCCUGCCGGACGCGUACUUUUGCCCCAACGAUUCAGAUGUAGUCGCUUGUCCUCUCGGCUAUUAUUGCCCUGCUGGAUCAAACAGUCCUACCCCUUGCCCCAUCGGCAUGUACAGCGUAACAGAAAAAGCAGCAGAUACGGAUGCAUGUCUCGCAUGUCCUCGAGCCGGGUACUACUGCGAAGGCGAGGCGAAUGCAGAUCCAACGGGGAUGUGUCCAACAGGAAAAUACUGCGAAGAGGAGACCGCUGUGCCCCAGCCAUGUCCAGUAGGAACAUACUGCCCUGAAGGUCUAUCAGCGCCGGUGACAUGCCCAGAAGCGUCAUACGCGCCCGAGUAUACAUAUCGUCUCUAUGACCGCUACACGGGCUGUGACUCUCAUAGACAUCUAGAGAGGGAUAGAGAUGUACACUCCUGUACGUGUGACGUUUCUACGCCUACCCUGAGUAUAUACAAAUCUGAAUCGCUGCAGGAGAGGUAUCCGACGGACGAGGAACUUGACAGUGGAAAGCCGUGCCCUGCGGGUCACUACUGUCCAACCGGCUCGUACGAGCCGAUCCCCUGCCCAGCUGGCACUUACAAUCCCUACGAGCGUCAAGACUCUCUUGCAUCGUGUUUAUACUGCAGCGGAUCUUCACAUUCCACUUCUCCUGGGAGCGUGACGUGCGCGUUCUGCGGAGGAAGUUCUGUAGCGGACGCUGCUGGCACGUCUUGUCGAUGCGAAGGGAGGAACAGGUUCUACCAAGAAAGCAUUCAUGCCUGCAUUUGCAGCAGAGGUUCUGGCUCCUUCGAGAAUGGGGUAGACCUCUCUCUUCAGGACGGAAGUACGGACUGCGUAGAACGGGUCUACUCGAGCUGCGGCGGAAGUACUGUACGCGAUUUCGAAGGAGCGUGUAUCGACCCCACGGAGCUAUGUGCCCAACAGUGUGCUUCAGGAACUGGAACAUAUCACGCAGAGCUCAAUAGCUGCAUCUGUACUGACUUGAAGACAGCGGACGAGGUGUGCGACAUCAGUUGCCGUCGGCGCAUGCAGACGAUGAAACUGACAAAGACAGACUUGGUUUUCCUGGAUUCGGAGUCUGCGCCUUUGGCGUCUAUUCCUCUUUCAAAGCUUUCGGGUCGUUCUCUAAUUAUGGCGGGUGAACCUGCCUGUAAUGAAACUGCUGGCUGUCCAGUCAUCGUGUUCAACUGCACUGAAGCUGGACUGAAAGGCCUUUUCGGUACGCCAACUGAUCUGCAAACGAACAUCGAGGGUCGCCUCACAACAAAUACUACUCCAGGCACUUUCUUCACGGCAAGUGGCUUAGGCAGAAGAGCAACCAAUGGAGAAAUUCCUGAGAACAAUCAUGAGAACGACUUCGCGCGGGAUUCUCCGGUCGAGCGCGACGACCUCCUCAAUCCCGGAAUUUUGAAUCCGGUUCGGUGCAUACAACAGGGAACUUCAGUCGCCUUUCUUGUCCAUCCGGGCAAUGCGCAGUCUAAGCCACUUUAUCCCGUAUAUUUGCAACAGUCCUUUUUCAAUACCGAAAGCGACUUCGACUUCGGCCACCUCAC